CCCUGUUUAAAUAAACACGUUCAUUGUGCGGAGAACAAGCUGUUUACUAAUAAUAGGAGUAUGGUUACAUAAAAAGGAGAUUGGGGGAGUUAAACGAUGUGUUACCAUAUCAACCUUAAAGGAGAGACAGUGGGGGGAGUGAAAUGAGAGAGAAAAGGACUUGUGUGUGAUCGGGAAAAACUUGUACAGUCUGCUGUACCAAUGAUUUUCCUAAUUUGCUUAAACAAUAAACUCUUUUUUUUUCUGGUACACUAGUCGGAAUUUGAAUUGAAAAAUUUACUCUUCUUUUCAACCAUGGACCGUAAAUCACGUUCAUCUCGUUUACAUGAAGACAUGAAUGAAGAGGUUAACUUGUGGAAACAGAUAUGCUACUCUUUAGCAAAAUUGGAAGGGCUUCAAAAGGAUGAAGAAGUUGUUAUAAAUACUAUAAAUAAAUUCCAUUAUUCGCUUGAAAAAGGAAUUUCUAGUACUAUUCAUCAAAAGUUAAAAGAAAGUUAUAAGCGAGGUAUUGAACUGUCCAAUCAUGAAUCAAAGUUAGUCCGGGAUAUCAUUGAAAAGUUAACAGUCUUGAUUGCAUUAAAAGAUACAAGUGAACAAGAUCAAAAAAGAAAAAAACGAAAGACAGAAGGUGCAGAUUCCAGAUUUAAUGGAAGUGCACAUGCUAUUUUCACAAAAGGAACAACUGUUGCUGCUAAACAACCAGAUAAAAAUGAUGAAUGGAUCCUGGCUGUGGUCAUACAAUAUUAUCCUGACAGAAAUAAGUAUCAAGUGGAAGAUGUCGAUCAAGAUGAAUAUGGUGGCAAACAACACUAUAUGCUCUCUCCCAAGUAUGUCAUUCCUGUUCCUACGCCAAAAGAGGCUGAAAUGGCACCUGAAAUACCUGCCCAUCAAGAGGUCUUGGCUUUGUAUCCUAGUACAACUUGCUUUUACCGAGCCGUAGUGAUCUCACCUCCGAGCAAAAAUAAGGAUAUAAGGAAUUAUAAAGUACAGUUUGAAGAUGAUAAUGAUGAAGUAAAGCAGGUUGCACCCGAACAUGUUCUUGAAAUGCCAAAGACAUUAUAAAACGACACAAAUACAUAUAAAUACACAUACACACAUAUAUACACACACACACACACACACAUAC